UUACAUUGAAACAUCCGAAAGAAUAUAGUUGCUGCAAGAAUAAUUAGCUAUUGUGAAGUGGGAACAUAACAAGUGUCAUCAGCAACGAGGGAUCACAACAUGGUUCGCAGAAUGGCAAGCCUUCCUCGAAGCAUAAUGGGUAGCAUUUCAAGGGCAAUGGGGGAUGGUAUGGGGUUUGUGGGCAUAGGUAGAAGAAGAAAUCAGCAUACAAAUAUUCCAUUACAGCCUCAAGUUCUUUCACAGCCACAUGGUCAUCAUCAACUAGUAGUUCCUGAGGAAUGGGCUUUUCUAGAGUGUUUUGAGCAGCAAUAUGGCACCAAACAUCCUUUCUUUUAUGCUUUUCGUUUCUCGGAAGCAAUGAAGUUAGCAGAGAAAGAUCACAAGUUCGUAUUUAUGUAUCUUCAUUCACCUGAUCACCCUUUUGCUAACGUUUUCUGCAAGGAAACCCUGUGUUCAGAGUUCGUGUCCCAGUUUCUUGAUGUGAAUUUUGUUUGUUGGGGGGCACUUGCAGAUAGAGGAGAUGGCUUGCAAAUGGUUGCAACGCUAAGCCCUGGUAGCUUUCCCUGUUGUGCUGUCAUAGCACCCGCUCCUGGUGAUAGCAUAGCAGUGUUGCAACAGCUAGAGGGACCUCUUUCACCAGCUGAGCUAGUGGAGAUUCUACAAAGAACAUUGGAAGAACAAGGGGUGGCUUUUGGAAGUGCUAAAGCUAAGCAGGAAGCAAAGAUCCAAGCAGACCGUAGGCUCAGAGAAGAACAAGACGCUGCAUAUCUUGCAGCUUUGCAAAUAGACAAGGAAAAAGACAAGCUCCAUAAUUUACCUUCAAGAGAGUUAGUUCAGAAGCCAGUGGUAGCUCAAAACACCACAAAUUAUGGGAAGAUGGGGAACAAUUCUAUUAAAGUCAGUAAACAGCGUAGCAAAGUGAAUGAAUCUACUAGUGAAAAACAAGACAAAGGAAAUGCAAAUAGAGGAAGCGAGUCUCAAUCCACACAGAUACUCAUAAGGUUUCCAAACGGUGAAAGAAGAGAACAUACUUUCCUUUACACAGACAAAAUCCAGUCCAUUUUCUCAUACAUUGAUUCAUUAGGUUUGCCAGGGAUUGGAAACUACAGAUUGAUAUCAAACUUCCCAAGAAGAGCCUAUGGGGUUGAUCAAAUGAGAAUGACUCUUAAAGAUGCUGGCUUGUAUCCUAAAGCUAGCAUGUUCCUUGAGCCUUUGUGAACCAAAUUCCCAUAACCAUCUUUGGAUGCACGUGUUAUUUGGUUACCUAAAUUUGAAUUUGAAUUAA